GUCACGUGACCCUCGCUGUGACGCGGGAAGCAACAUGGCGGAAGACUGGGUGCAAUGUCCCGUGUGUUCGAAAAGCUUUACGUCUGACGCCAUUAACGCUCAUCUCGACAUUUGUCUGAUCAGCACCGGCAGUGGCGGCGGCUCGCCAGUUGACUCCGAAGCCUCGGGACCUCCGUCAAAGAAGUUGUGCGCAGUGAACACCGCAGCGACCGCUGCUGCUGCUGCUGCUGCUUCCACCGUCUUCUCCAUGUUCCACUCCAACAAGAGCAAGAGUGAGCGCACCGGCUUCUUCUCUAAGAAGCCGAAAGGUGGCGGCGUCAAACGAGCCUUGGAGGCUGAAACAGAAGCGCGAGUGGAGCGGCCCUCGCCGGAGGAACCGCCGGUGGAUGCGGCCCCACGGGCGCUGCUGCUGAUGGACAGACCUCUGGCUGAGACCCUCAGGCCCAACUGUCUGGAGGAGUAUUUCGGCCAAAGCAAAGUUGUGGGGGAGCAAACCCAGAUCAGGCCCCUGCUGGAGUCUCAUGACAUCCCCUCCCUCAUCCUGUGGGGACCCCCGGGAUGCGGAAAGACCACCCUGGCACACAUCAUCGCCAACACCAGUAAAAAGAAGAGAACCACUCGGUUUGUGACGCUGUCUGCGACCAGCGCUUCUGUCCAUGAUGUGCGCGAGGUGAUCAAGCUGGCACAGAAUGAGCAGCGGCUUUGCAAGAGGAGAACCAUCCUGUUCAUCGACGAAAUCCACCGCUUUAACAAGUCACAACAGGACACUUUCCUUCCUCAUGUGGAGUGUGGAACCAUCACCUUGAUCGGUGCCACCACAGAGAAUCCUUCCUUCCAGGUGAACGCAGCCUUACUCAGCAGAUGUCGGGUUCUUGUGCUGGAGAAGCUGUCGGUGGAGGCGAUGGGUUCUAUCCUCAACAGAGCUGUGACUGCGCUUGGAAUCAAGGUGUUGCCUCAGGGUGAAAGCGAGGUCAAAGAUCAAGACGAGGGAGACCAGCCAUCGAUUUACAUGGAGCAAAAAGCUCUGGACACCGUGGCCCACUUCUGUGACGGUGAUGCUCGGGCAGGACUCAACAGUCUGCAGCUUGCUGUCCAGGCUCAGGUGCGCUUGUUCCAGUCACAGCUGUCAGGACCAGCUGGACCUUCAGAAACCAGCAUACUAGUGAGGGAGGAGCACAUCAAGGAAAGUCUGCAGAGGUCUCACAUUCUCUAUGACAAGGCGGGGGAAGAGCACUACAACUGCAUAUCGGCGCUGCACAAGUCCAUGCGUGGCUCUCAUGAGAACGGCGCUCUCUACUGGCUGGGUCGCAUGCUGGAAGGCGGCGAGGAUCCUUUGUAUGUGGCCCGCAGACUGGUGCGCUUUGCCAGUGAGGAUGUAGGGAUGGCCGACCCUGCCGCUCUUCCUCAAGCCGUCGCUGCCUUUCAGGCCUGUCACUUCAUCGGGAUGCCCGAGUGCGAGGUGAUUUUAGCUCAGUGUGUGGUCUAUCUCUCCCGAGCUCCCAAAUCUGUGGAGGUCUACAUGGCCUACAGGAACGUGAAGGCCUGUCUGAGGAGCCACAAGGGCCCACUGCCCCCUGUUCCUCUCCACCUGAGAAAUGCUCCCACGAACCUGAUGAAGCAGCUGGGCUAUGCUAAAGGCUACAAGUACAACCCUGCGUUCAGCGCAGCGGUGGAGCAGGACUACUUACCUGUGGAGCUGCGGGGGACAGACUUCUUCACCUGGACGCCCGCUGACCUCGAAUGAGCCGCUGUAACUAUGUUCAUUGUUUAUUCCACAUUUAUGGAGCCAAUGUAUAAAAAGUACUUCGCCAUUCCAAUAAAUCAAAAUGUACUACAUCUGUCUUCAUCGCCAUGUCACGGGUUCAACUGUUUUAGGAAUUUUGAGGACUGGAACAGAGUAUUAUUAUCAUUUUAAGAAAAGUUGUGUUGCGUUUUUUAGCAUAAAUUUGUAAUGCUAAAUAUAUAUAUAUAUAUAUUAUUUAUAUUAUAUAUAUAAAUAUUAAUGUGUCUUGCAUAAUAUUCAAGGGUGGAUUUUCUUCACAUUGUAUUAAAUGGCUACAAAUACUAAACACUAAUUUUUAUUUUAAUCAAAAUGGAUGUAAAUAUAUGAAUAACCAUUUCUGAUAAAUUAUUAAAUUAUUAUAUGGACAAAAAUAUGAUCUGAAAAUAAAUAUCAACAAAAAAUAUUUGUUUCAUCGACAUAUUUCUAAAAUAAAUUCUAGCUAUGUGAAGAAUAGUUUUGGAAAUUUCAAUAAUUUGAAAGUUAUUUCAUGAAAUGCUUUUUGAGCAACAAGAUGUUUCACCCCAGAAAAAUGUUUCUCACAAGUGAAGAUUACUUUUAAAUGUCGAUAAAUAAUAGCACAAGGAAUGCACUUCCUUUUUAAGAAAAGUGUCUUUUGCUUGUGAAAUAUUUUGCACACUGUUGUCACGUCACCACAUGUUGUGAGAUUCAUUGAACCCCUGAUUUCCCUUUGUAUAAAAAUGCACAGACUCCAAAGAUAAACCUUUUAUUGUGCUACCUCAGGGAGGGUACUUUCAGUUUUUGGACAUGGUCUGUUGAAGUAAGUAGAGGUUUGAGUUGCACAUGGUUUUGUUAUCGAUGGUUUUGAAGUUGUCUCUGCCUCACCUCAGUGAUCCACGGGAUGAAUGAGGCCACGCGUGUGAAGACUGUGGGUUUCUUCAGAGUGUUGCACCCACGUCCGUCCACAAAGCUUGUCACUCCCUGGACGUACCAUCUGCCAUCCCUGCCUUGGCAGUUGAGGGGGCCGCCGGAGUCGCCCUGUCAGGUCAGAUAGAGGAGCCGUGUCACUUGCCUCCAGAGGAAUCUGUGGCUGGCAGCUCUUGAAACGCAACAGACAGUGGCGUCCGUUCUGUCAAAGUGAAGGUGAGGCAAGCAGGGCAGCACUCAGUCAUGUGACUUCGCAGUAGUGGGUGGAGCACGUCCCUCACCAGGCUCACCAGGUUGCCAGUUCACGUCUGGCCGAAGCCUUCUACAUUCAUUUUUAAUUAGAAUUCAUGCAUUUUCCAUGAGCCAGUUGGAAAUAUCAAACUAAAUGGCAGGGCCAUUCACUGUGUUUUUAACGUUCACUCAACAUCCCAAAAGGACCCUGAUGGAACAAAUCAGUUCCUCUCCAUAUUGGGUUAGCUAAAUGACAAGCCUGCCUACGCUACUUGCUCCGCUGGGGCGACGUUGGGCCGUCGCCUGCCUCCUGGUGAGAGAGGGAUCCCGAGUUCCGUAGUUCCUUCCUUUCCUUGUUAUGGUGGCAGUACAGCCAACGAUGGCCCAGCUCUGACCUCUCACGGGGGCAGUUGCACUUCACUUCUAUGUAUUCAAGCAGUGCAUGUUGAAUUCUAUCUCCCCUGGAGCCAAGGACUUGACAUCGACAUCAUUCUGAAAUCGAAAAGGUAUUUAACCAUAGGAAUCAGUGGUUGUAAAAUGGUACUUUCUGAACUCAGUUCUAUAUUGGUGUAGCAGUUUAGAAAACAAGUGCAAACACGUCAAUGUAACAGAAAUGCAACUUACUCUGACGCUUGCAACAUUAUCGCGGUAUGAUGGAAAUCUCACUGGUCAUGAACUACAGUACGUAUUGACUGAUCAUACGGUAUAUUGUUUGUUUUUUCUCCCCCCAGCGCGGAGGUGGUGCUUUUUAGCCAAAGAGUGUCAUGUGGCUUUGUCUUUGUAAAAGAAUGAAUCAAACGCUGUGUUAACUGUGGUGCAGUGUCACUGUGCACGGCUGAAGAGAACACGCGGCAACAAGGCCACACAAUAACCACACGUCGUGUGUCCUGUCUCGAGACAGAACCCCUUGUGUGAAAGCACCCGAAGAGGAGUCACGUGCCUUGAAACAACCGGGUGCUAGUUUUCCAGUGUGAUGAUUGGUUGCCACACCUCAUCUCUGGCUUCAAUAAAAGACUGAGGUGGGUGAGCGCUCACGCUCAGUUCCUCAACGUCAGCUGGAGGCCCUGGUUUGACCCUCACGAGUGAAAAGAGCGUCUUUACUGGCCUGAAUUCUGUUCCCUUUUGAAUUGCCAUUGAAGAUCUCCGCAGGUUUCCCUGGCAGUCUUACGUGACAUGCGGACUCGCUCUCUCCUCCCGCGCACACCAUGGUGGUCUUGGCAGAACUUCCCCACCAGUCAGACCGACUGCACACGCUGUGUUCCACCACUGGGAGGCGCGCCUGCUGCAGUCUGCUUGCCCGAGGACCACCAGCUGGAACAGGACAUCAACUGGCUUCAGCAAGGCGAUGUCACUGCUACAGACAAAAACAACAACUCUGGCAACCCGCUGUCUCCAUCCAAUACAAUCAGGAAAACCACAUUUCCGUGCUUUCGCUCAGUGAAUACAAGCUCUGACUUGGCGCUCAAGACCAGGGCGGCUCGCCUCGCGCCCAGCAGGAGCCUCUCUUUAGGCCUGCACCCGUGCUGUGAGGACCCCUGGCGGGCCGCGAGUGUGAGGCCCUCGUGCUGCACCCCUCAACCCCAGUGGAAUCAAGAAGUGACACGGAAACGGAGGGGGCAGUAAAAAGGCCGGUUUGUAACCAAGACAAGUGAAUCCGCCUCCGAUCCAAGCGACUUUGAGUUCCGGGGCGAAACCCGCCACGUUCCAGACCACCAUUCACGGUGUGUUACUCGUGUGUUUGGAUGUUUGCACUUCUUUUUCAUGCGUUUAAUUAGGUGCGGUCUCAUCGCAUGGUGGCGUGCUGCGAGCGCCAGUUUGUCUGCGGCGGAAAGUCAAACUCACCCGCAGGAUGGACAGUUGUCGUUCCACUGCGGAUGCAGGAUCAUCUUUUCCACCCUGAUGGACUGUUCAGGACCCUCCUCCUGGCUCAUGUCGUGCUCCGCGAGGACCACCCGGUACGUGUGGAAGCUGGAGCGAGGAAACAAGUUCAUCUGAAGCCACACCAGAGACACCUGGAGCACUCCAGCCACGAGGCAGGUGCCGAGGUGACCCGGGCGGGAGGGACGUACGUGAUGCAGUGGGCCGCGGUCAGAACCCAGUUUGCUGCGAUGAGGCUGCCUCCACAUGUGGGGUAGAAGGACUCGAGGGAGACCUGCCACGGCCAGCUGUGCGGCCGAGCUUCGACGCCAUUGACCACGCGCGACGUGUCGGGCCUGUGGCUGGGCUCGCCGCACCCGGACACUGGGAGACACGGACUGUUGACUCCUCACCCUGAUGGCGGUGUGGCCUCACUAACUCACCAGCUGUCACCAGCAUCAGCAGGACAAAGGCAGCUUCCAUUGGUAAUGCGCUCAAAGUCUCCUCGGCACCUGUUUAUGGACUGGAGUGGAGACAAGCCGUGGGAGUCUGGCCUCCACUCUCCAGGUGAUGUCAACACAGUGGCCUCCGUCACAACUGAUAGCACAAGUGGAUUCUGUAAACGUCUUUGUGUUCGUGUCCUAAAGCAAUCAAUGUUAUUCCUUUAAAUACCUGGGCCUGUCUUUAAUUGAGCCCAAUACAUGAAUCCACUGAACAUAGCUUUUGUGCUCAACGAUACUUACGAAAUUAAUCAUAGAAAAUACUCACGCUCAAAAAUAACGACGUCACGACU